GUUUCAUUCUUUUCGGUUUUUAUUCCGUGCUUAUGCAAGGUUGAAGACCAUCUCAGAAAGUUCGCCCAAAUUUAGCACUGUUAAAGCAGCAUGGCUUACUCCGCUAAAAUCGGUCCGUCCAUCCUGAACAGUGAUUUAGCCUGUCUCGGAAGUGAAUGCACACGAAUGAUGGACUGCGGUGCAGACUACCUCCAUCUUGACGUAAUGGAUGGGCAUUUUGUGCCAAACAUCACAUUUGGUCAUCCAGUUGUGGAGUGCUUGCGGAAUCAGGUCGGUCCAGAGCCUUUUUUUGAUUUGCACAUGAUGGUGGCCAGACCAGAGCAGUGGGUUCGGCCCAUGGCUGCAGCUGGAGCCGACCAAUAUACCUUCCACCUGGAAGCCACCAGCAACGUGGGAAAUCUUAUCAAGGAGAUUCGAGAGAGCGGCAUGAAGGUGGGCCUGGCCAUAAAGCCUAAUACCACAGUGGAGGAAAUGGCUCCAUGGGCAGGGCAGAUUGACAUGGCGCUGGUUAUGACCGUUGAGCCUGGCUUUGGAGGCCAAAAGUUUAUGGAGGACAUGAUGACCAAGGUGAGUUGGCUGAGGAGUCAGUUUCCGUCCUUAGACAUCGAAGUGGAUGGCGGUGUGGGUCCUGAUACCAUUCACAAGUGUGCAGACGCUGGAGCAAACAUGAUCGUGUCAGGCAGCGCCAUCAUGAAAAGCGACGACCCACGCUCGGUUAUCACUUUGCUCAGAAAUGUGUGUGCAGAGGCAAUUCAGAAGAGGUCGCUUGAUCGGUGAUCCUCUGCUGCAAAAGUGCUAUGGUUUGCUUUGGACAGUGAAAUGCAGGCCAAAUGAUCCCACCAACCCCCAAUUAAUUUUUACAAUUUUGUGGCCUAAACCCACCUCGCCCCAAUGAUUAUGCUACAUUUGAGAAUUUGAAAUGGCCGAAUUCAUCCUUGUAGAAGGUUGAAAUAAAUGUUUCUCACUGAACACUGAAAAA